AUGCCGCCCUGGGAUGUGGACGCCUCGCUCCAGGGCGCUCAUCCGGAGCGCCGCCGGAGCGCCCUGGGACGCUCUGGCGCGGUCGCGGCGCCCGCCCACGACCUCGGGCAUACCCGGCGGCUCUCGUCGGAUGUUCCCGGCAGGGGCGCCUCGCUGGACCUGGCCUCCAGCUGCGGCCUGGACCUGGCCGCCGUCGGCGCGAAGCUCUCCGCCCCCGCCCUGUCCUUCGACUGCGGGCAGGGCGCGGCGCCCUGGGCGGAGGAGGAGGAGGAGGGCGCGGCGCAGGCGGCAGGCCUGGAGGUCUGCGCCCCGCGGGACGCCAAGGCCCGCAGCCUCAUGAACUCCUCGCUGCGGCAGCAGAUCUCCUCCGUCAGGGUCCGGCAGAUGCUGCAGCGCGGCUGCGCCCCGAGGGCCGCGGGCGCGUAG